AUGUGUGAAGUAAAAGAUUGGACUGGUGUAUCAUUCGAUGAAGCACGCAGUGUGCUACGUCAGUGGCGUGAGGAUCAUGUACGACGUUCGGAAGAAACAGUUGAAUUGUGGGAAUAUGUGUUAAGUCGUUAUCCACGCUCAUUAGGCGAUGAACUGUGGCUUAUUUAUGAACAGGUGUGCAUUGCGGCAUUGGACUGUGCUCGUAUUGAUGUUGCCAUUGAAUGUAUUAAAGCGUUACAGCAAAAAUUUCCACGCAGUAAUCGUGUUCUCAAACUUCAAGCAAUGCGUUUCGAGGCUUUACAACGAUACGAGAAUGCUCUAUUGAUGUAUGAGAAACUGAUCGAAUCCGAUCCUACCAAUAUGUGCUAUCGUAAACGGAAAAUAGCAGUGCUGAAAGUGAAAGGUGAAAGACAAGACGCAAUAAAGGAGCUGAAUGAAUACUUGAAGACGUUCCUCAAUGACAGUGAAGCAUGGCUUGAGUUAUCACAGCUGUAUUUGAACGAAGGUGACUACGCUCGUGCUGUGCACUGUAACGAGGAGCUGCUACUUGCUAAUCCUCACAACAGCUUAUAUUUACGGCGGUUGGCUGAAAUUAGGUACGCCCAAGGUGGUCAAGAGAAUUUGGAAUUAGCGAAAGCAUAUUUCGAACACGCUAUUCGCAUCAAUCCAUCUUGUGUUCGUUCACUUUACGGCCUUCUUAUGUGUUGCAAUCUGCUGAUACAAAAGACAAGUGGUCAACGUAAAAGAGAGUUAGUACACUGUGGGGUAACGGCUAUCGAUAGAUUACUGCAACGAUACAAAGCAGUUGAACAGGAUGGCAGUAAUCCGAGUAUUGAUAACGAGAUUGAAUCUUUAUUAAGCAUCAAGAGUGCUUUACAGUCAUAG